GUUCUGCCCGCUAGUUCCCGUUAAUGUGAGAUAUGGUUGUAUCGACUUGCGUGGCAAAGGUAGAACCGUACCUAUUGCAGCCUAAUGGAGUAAACGUCAAAGGAACCACUGCCCUUGUACGCGCUUGGAAUUUGGACCAGCAUUAGCAAUCUAGAGUAUUAAAGCUUCUUUUCCUUAUCCCUUAACUACCUCAUCCUUCAAUGAUAGCGCAUUGAUUGCAAGUUGGGGAUUGCGACCCUAAUACUGUUCCACAAUCAAUAAUUCCGAUAUGAAUCCUACUAUGAAGUAUAAGUCAGACAAGAGAAAUGCCCACUCGGUUAAUUCUAGCGACCCAUCCCCAGCAAGCACUCCCACUCACAUCACCAAAGAACACAGCGAUUCACUUCCUGGCUACUCAUCCCACGCCGAUCAUGCGGUAGUAGGCGAUGCGGUAGCGGUGCCCUGGCAUAAACAAAUGUACAUGAUCCGCCACCGGUCUUCGGGGGACGCGCUAACCCUCAUCAAUGGGGAAGUGGAACUACAUAACCCGUCGACUAUAGAUGGGUGCUGGCGCUGGCUAUGCGUUGAACAUUAAGGCUGGCUUGGAUUCCGGAAUGUCGCAUCACGGAAACAUCUGGGUCGCGACAACAAGGGUGGAUAUUGCGUUCGGGCUGGUAAAAUGAGGAUGUGGGAGUCUUUCGCCCUCCGUCCACACCCCAAGGGCGGGUGCCAGCUCUUGAAAUAUAUGUUUGAUUCCCGGCACUUGAUAACUUGUAGCCUAGUCAGACCAGCUACGGGUGUUUCGAUUUACUUGUUGGCUCACUUUACGUUAAUGUGUCUUCCCGUGCAAACAGGCGCUAUUUAUGACCUUGGCAGCAAUAAUGCUCCUCGCGCAGCCGAGCUCGAUACCAUUUUUUAAUGAUUGGAGUAGCACUUUCAAUAGAGAGACUAGAUAA